AAAUCUACAAGUUCUUGAGGUAGUCUGCCAGCAGCCUAUUCCUCUUGGCUAGACGCUGACUGGCUGUGAGCCCUUUUGGGCACGCAGUCUUGCCCACGUAUACCUCAAAUGCGUCUACAGAGAACGAGAAAGUACACUUCGUCAACCAAACUUUCUUAAAACUGGCAACACCAAAGCAAUCACUGAUGCUCAUGUCGGUUGCAGUGAAAGGUACAAGCUACCAAUACAUGGACACCAAAAAAGGGCAACCCUCACAACCAAGGCCAGUGUAAUCAGGAAAGCAUGUGUAGGGCAAAUUGCUUGCCUACUUGUGAGAGCUGCGAGCUCUUGCAGUGUGAGGGCACGUCUGCCAUAUGUCCCCUCCUUCAGGUGCCUUUGACAAGGCUUCCCUGUAAUACCGCGAUUAUGCAGAUCGUCGGGGGUCCAUAUGGUCCUGGUCAGCUCCCUAAGGAACCUGGAGUCUGAACUUGACUUCAUCAUCCACUCCAUCUUGCCCGACGGAACAGGGACCCCACAGCCCAGAUGAAGAUUAAAUUGAGCAGUGUCCGUACUACAUUAUGUAUGUUACGUAACAUCACAUGCACGUUGCUCUUCUGCACGGCCACGCUUCAGAAAUUUACGAGGGUUAAGAAAGCAUCCAACACCUCACUGUUUGAAAGGGAGAGUUCAGCGAAACUACUAGGCCCCAGGUUAUGUGAAAGAUUAGAAUUGGCGAUGACACUUCUCAUUCAUUAUCUAGCUAUAGAGUUCUUGUCUGUGUAUAGUUGUCAAAGGUUAGAACCAUGCACUUAGUGGGAACGAUAACCUUUUCAGAACAGAAUGUCUUUGUGGCAAGUGUGGUGCCCCUGCAAAACUGCUAAGCCUAGCAUGGUAAAUAUUUUUCACCUGACAUCCAACGGUUGCCAUCACUAGCAGCAAUGAAGGAUCAUUAUUUCCACUGUAAACUGUCAUGCCAGGUGGGCCUUCUUCCUGGUAAAACAUGGUCAGUGGAUACCAUCAGUACUUCAGCUCCACCGUAAUGAAUGGGAUUCUCACUUGUACAGUGCAAGGAGAACAUGCUGAAUGUCCAUCUUGACCAGUGCUGGGAGUAGUGGAUGGUGCAGCAGGCGAUGGAGGUCCGCUAUCCUGAAAAUUAGACAGACAUGUGUUAAUGUCAAUGAGACAUAUUGCAAGGCACAUAUGCACUUGUGCAUGAAUUUGCUAAAGCGAACAGAAGAUCCCUAAAAGUCACAUAGUAAACAGUGAUUUCACCUGUGCACUGCAAGCAUAAUGUGCCGAAAGUGCAAUUGGACUGGUGCUGGGAGAGGCGCAUAGUGAUGGCACUGCACACCCCUGUCCUGAAAAUUAAACUGAACAUAUGGUAAUAUGAAUGGCUAUUUGCCAAGCAUAGCAGUGAAAUAUAUUCGGUCACACACAUGUACCCGUGUUUCAAUUUGCUAGAGAACAAAAGGCCAUGAAGCCAUAAGCAACGAACCUGACUGCGAGCCAGAGUCACUGACUGGGGCGACUGGGCAACACGUUUGUCAGGCAUACUGCAAACGACCAGACGGCUUGCCUGCAAAAAUUCAAGUGUAAAAGCAAGGGUACAUAUUUUGCACUCUGCUAAAUGUACAGUUCUAAAGAAAAACAAAAAGGAUCCCAAGGUACAAAAAAUAUUAUAGUAACUACCAUUGAGUAUGUGCAACUACUGUACCGUAAUCUGUCUGACUUGUAGAUGGUGCGCUAAAAAGCACAUUUGGUAAUCCCACAGCAUGUGAUGUGGCAUCCGAAAUAGUUGCGGGUAGGCCAGAUACCCGUCCCUGUAAGUGUACAAACAUUUUGCUUACGAACGACACCUAUACACCAUUUGCAAGAGCAGAUGGCUCCUAGUUCUGUUGGGUUCACCAUCGCCUCACAAUUCGCAAGUACGUGUGCUCUACGGGCUCUGUGUGCGGCUACGAUAUCAGGUCACUGAAACGAACAGAUGUUCUCAUUGGGACAACUUCGUAGCUUUUAUAAUUAAAAAGUUGAUUAACUGUUUUUAGGUACUUAGUCAUUUGACGGUUGAGCAACAGAUGUCCAAGAACGUCCGCUGGCCCAGAGAUGAUAGAAGUGAAAACAGUAUGGCCAAUAGCCCUUAUAGUUUUUUUUUAGUUAAAAAUGUGUCUCCAUUAAAAAACCACCCUCUAUAUCCCUGUCCUGUAAAGCAUCGUCUUUCGGUGUGCGACUGAGCUGAAAUUACAGGGUCCAGGAACAUGACAUAUCCCCCUUUCCAACGUAACACACCAUACUCAGGGUUACCAUGCAAAAAAAAAAAAGUGUGAUCCACAACUUUGAUGGCUGAACAAUGGUGGCAGGUAGGGCCAAGUCACCUUUGCGCAGUGAACAGUCUGAAUCGGGCUUAUCCUGAUGAUAGACGAGCGCGACCUUCAAAUUUUCUCUUAGAUGAGCAGCAUAUGACUUGUUAGUGUGAAUUUUUUUUUUUUUUUGCUUUUUCUGUUACAAUGUUUUGUAGCACUUCUGACACAAUCACAAGAGGUGUGAAGAACACGUUUUUCGCAUGGAAGUCUAAGUCCAUUUCCGCACAGCAGCAAAAUUUAUAGCGUCCUCGAUAAACUGCACCAGUGCGCACUGAACGUCCUCGAUUAAGAGGCCAUACCAGUCGGGGAGCAACUCCGAUUCACGAUUUUCCCGAUUCUAGAUGGCGCCACGCUCGCCGUCCUUAUCACGCCGUUCGCCUCCGACUCCCGAAAUAAUCCCCAUUGUGCAUGGUUGACCUCGCGAGUUUAAAGCGUCGUUCACACAUACGACAACGGCGAACGACAACGGCGACGGCAGCGUGCUGCUGCCGUCGCCGUUGCCGAACGCGGUUGUUCACACUUGUCUCGCCGUGAUCGCGUGAUCUCACGGACGGCGCGGGAGCGGGAGCUUUCCACUUGCGACAAGUGAAAAUGGAUAGUAGCAACGACGCGAGUGAUUGUGCUUCAUCUUUAUUCCUGGGAACUUUCUUGCUGUUUUACCUCAGCCAGAAGGUAAAAGCAGAAAAGAAGCGCAAACGCAGAAGGUUCUGGGUUCGCGAAAUUCACCGUCGCCGAGAUAUUGAAGGCGCUUCCUCGACACUGAUCCCACGGAUGCGAGCCCGAGACCACGAAACUUUUUUCAACUUCACACGUAUGGACACCAGACGUUCGAGGUCUUGCUCAACUUCGUCAGAAACGCAAUAACCAAGCAGGACACAAGGUGGAGAUCUGCCAUUCCUGCAAGAACACGCCUGGAAAUGACAAUCAGAUUUCUUGCCAUUGGGGACCACCAAAGCAGCAUCUCUUACGCUUUUCGUGUUGGAAGAUCCACGGCAAGCAUGAUAAUCUCGGAGACCUGUAAAGCCAUCUGGGAUUGCCUGAAGGACACCUAUGUCAAAUGUCCCCAAAGCACUGAAGAACGGGAAGGACUAGCUUCAACGUUCGAACAGCGCUGGAACUUCCCUGACUGCAUAGGCGCCAUAGACGGCAAGCAUGUUACCAUUGAAUGCCUCAGAAAGACGGGGAGAAGCAACUUCAACUGUAAGCGUACAUUUAGCAAGGUCCUGAUGGCAAUUGCUGAUGCAGAAUACAAGUUUUUAUACGUCAGCAUGGGCUCGCCCAGAAGUGAGAGCGACGGAGGCAUUUUUGCAAAAUCUGACAUAAUACGACGCUUAGAGACAUCAACUCUGGGGCUCCCGUCAGUGGCACCCCUUAGCGAUGGAACCAUGCUGCCGUACAUGUUUGUUGGCGAUGAAGCCUUUCCACUUCGUACGUAUCUCAUGAGACCCUACCCGAAAAGAAGAGCCGACCAGCAUCCAGAGAAGGUGUUUAACCUGAGGCUGUCACGUGCGAGGCGAGUGGUGGAAAACAGCUUCGGAAUAUUGUGCAGCCGAUGGAGGAUCUUAAGGCGCCCAUUCAAGGCAUCAGAACGAAACGUUAAAGGGACUAUGAAAUUUCCCGAACCACCAUACUUUUUUUCGCUGGAAACUGUUCUUCCCGCAGAGAAACUAAUAUGCCACAUAUUUUUUCGGACGAAAUCGCUCCACUGUGCGAGGAGCGCGCGCUGGAAAUGUCCCUUCCGCGUUCAUCCUCUCCCGCGCAUAUUUCCCUGUCCAUGGUGUAACUAUACGGACCGCACUUCGGUUCCCCGUUACGUCACCGGUGUUGCACAAUGGCAAGUAAUGCCGCGAGCUCGCGCUGUGGCUGCCGCCGCCGCCACUGCCGCCGUCCAAUCGCACAUACAAGGUCACAAGGUCUCUGGUCGCGUCUGAGGGUUGAAGUUGAAGCAUUACGUUUUCUUGGUUGGAGGCGUUCAAAUAACACGCUAUAAUGAACAGCUUUUUGCACGUGAGUCGUUUGCUACAGUUGAACUGGCAAGUAUGACAUGUGAGCUGUACUUUGUUCAUCGAAUGUAUUCGUCGUCUCAUCUGCGGCCGUUCACAACAAGGAACUGACGCACCGCCGUGGCUUUGAGAGUUUUGCUGACGAGUUACGUGGGCCUCUAGCGAUUCACCGCAACAUAUAUUGGUUGUACCGCCGUCACCAAUGGAAAGUGUCUGGUGGUUGCUUGGCGUUGCAGUUAUAUUUACGUCAGUUGCAGUUAUGUUUACAUGUUAGCAAUCUGACAACAAAGUAAGUGCGUUGUGAAGUGAGACUGUGAUAUUUGGAAGAUGCCCCCUUUGUAGCUCGAUUUGUUUGCACGAAUCAUCGUAAAAGACUGGGUGACCUAAUGGUCUAAUGUUUUGUUUUACUUUGUUUCAACUCAUUACAUUUACAUCAUUAUUGUUAUUAUUCAAAGGAGCUUCGCGCCUUUAGGCGAUUUUGAUUUACUCCGCAUUUAUUGUUCUACAGGUGGCAGAUUAUGUUUCAUGCAAGAAUUUAUUGAUGAGCACGUCACGUAUUCUGUAUUCAAUGUUGAACACGUCGUAAAUCUGAACAUUUAGCGUUGCCAACCACCAUGCCUGCAAAAACUCAGCUGUAGCGUAUUCUGUAAGAGUAUUCUGACAUCGUAUUGACUUCUGAUAAGUGUUUGUCGUUUAACAAAUUUAUUGUUCAACCAGGUUUCCAAUACUGUGUAAUACAUCCAUAACCCUAAGACUCGGGGACACAAUCUCACGACACCAGUUCGCCAGUGCGUGCUGCUGCGACGAUUUGUUGCUCUCUUUUAUUAUUGUGUUACGUAAGCUUGAAGUCAACAGUUGUGUAACUGGAAAAAAGCAAACCCCAGCACUGACGUAUUUUGCAAUUAUUUUUAUUAUUAUUUUAUUGCAAUAUUUAUUAUUAUUGCACCAGUAUUUUGCAAUUAGAAAAACGACAAGUAAUUGGUACUAUUUCAAGUUAACUGCUUGUUGGUCUUCUGGCGGAAAUCUGCUUUCUUUGUGAAAGAGCUGUUCCAUUUGCCACCGGGAUAGAGUCCUCGCUAUGCAGGCUCCUCCGAAGGUGUGAACAAUAUACAGAGCCCGAAUGGUAGACAAGACACUGCAUUAAAGAGGAAUCUGGAAAGAGGGUGCACAGCAUUUGUCUGCUCUGAAUAGUGGGUUACAAUGAUCAUGCUGUCUCAUCUAAGUGGUUUCAGGCUCCGCUGAGGAAGUCACCUGUGAACAUGAAAACAGGUCAGUAAAGCGAAAAGAACGGAUACGUAUGUUCAACAUAUGACAUAAAUAUUCUGUUGAAAUAUGGUUUCUAAGAUCAUGCUGAACGAAGUGUACUUCUAUCAACAGUGCACCACCUGCGUUUAGGGACUAGAUUCGGUAACUUCUACUUUCUUUUUUUUUUUUUACUCUCUCUGUGCCGUAAGCGGCGGCAAGGUUCAGAGUCACGCAGAUGAGAAUUAACCCAUUCACACAAUCCUGAAAUCUAUGACAGUAUUUGAACCACACGGACAGAGAGACCUUUGUCAGCUCCAAUAACGAAAAAUACUCACACCUUUGCGCCGUUUAGGUGGAUGUUCUUUCCCAGGUGUGGACAGGUAUUGUGAUGGUGCUACACCUUGAUUCAGACGACACUAAGCUCGUUAUCCAGUACGUUGAAGAGGUUCAGCGUACGCUUCGUAAAUUCGAUCAUGCAAAUGUCCGCUACAAACACGAGCAGCUAGUCGAUGGCACCGCAUCGUCUUUCCAUUCCGGCGGUCCGAUUGCUUUGUGGCGUCAAAAGCUGUCCGUCUCGUCACUGAUAAGCAUUAAACAUUGGGUACCAGGCGAAUAUUGACGUAAAUUGGGGCAACCAACUAUCCAACAUCGUCUCGGCAUGUCGACGAAAACCAGGAUGCGACGAUCGCGCGAAAGCUGCCGUCAUGGAGAUUUCCACUCCCGAUCCUCCCGAUGAACGCAUACGCAGGAUCGUACGGCGCAUGCUCCUGGCGGGAUUCCUCGGCUCGGCAAUACGUCACGAUGACGUGUUGGUGAGCCGGCCGUGGUCGCGUCAAGCUGCCCGCUGUGUCUCCGCUCGGCAGCUCGCCACGGCGCGGCGCUAGCUGUCCUCCCUUCGCCGCUCCGUUUAAAUUCGCUCCCGAGAAAUCCGCUCGCGCGACGAAGGUAAAAUUUCGGUUCUAGACUCAGAAAAAUGUCCCCUUUCGAACAAAACGAAGAAAAAAAUCGUUUCAUAGUCCCUUUAAUGGUUACGUUCUGGCAUGCGUUGCGCUGCAUAACUUUCUGAUGACUGAAACAACAAGGAGAGCUCGUUACUGCCCGCCGUGCUACAUCGAUCGCCAAGCUGAUGAUGGAAGCCUUGUGCCUGGAGGUUGGAGAGAGACCGGUGAUGAUGUGACGAGCCUCUCCAAUGUUGGAAGGGUUGCUUCCAACACGUACAGCCUUUCUGCAAGUUCUGUUAGGGAAAGCCUCUGCAAUUACUUCGCUGGCAGGACGAAGCAGUUCAAAGAGGACAAUUCUAGGAGAGCAAGCAAACACAUAUGUUGCUGCCAGUAUGCCGUGACUCACAAUUUAUUGCACAUAAACCAUUGAUUUGCCGAACACAUUUUUGUUUAGUUAUUCGUAUCUCCUUGCAAUUCAAACAGAAGUGCUUGGCACCUAUUCAAAAAUACGUCUUGUGUCUGAUGAGGGAGAUCCUUUGCGGAUGCUGCCAAAUAACUAAAAAAUAAAUCUAUCCGGUCUGGGUC